AUGGCAAAGGAAUUAUCUAGAGCAUACAAGCACGUCGAAGAAGUUAUUGACCAAAUUAUCAAUGGCGACAAUAAACUGAUUUUUCCUGAAUCUAUAUCAGACGGUUCAGUAUAUGACAACGUUGUUUCUGAAUCAUGUGAGAGAACAUUCGGGUUUUUGCGUUUAUCUGAUUCCAAUCAGACUGCUAACAACAAUCGUUUAUCACAGAUGCAUGGAUUACAACAAAUGGCAUAG